AGCAGUCACUGGUUUGGCAGUUAAUCGUCCCAACUCCUGGAGUCUUUAUCUUAUUUUCAUCAUGAAGGACGUGAAGUCCACCGCUUCGGUCACUCUGUCCUGUUACGGCGAAAAGGCCAAAAAUAAAUCAACAGCCCAAUUCGUUUUGAACCCGUCCUUCGUGGGUACAUUCAAGCCUAAGGAACCACCCUCGGAAAUGAAAGUCCCCCAGGAAAAAUAUGCCGGAGCUAGGAAAAUUCUCGGCGGUGAGGACAAUACAGAAGCGUUUGGCGGCGAUGGAAUUCCAACAGAUGGUAUCUCGAACACACUCAAAAAGAGAACAGCCUUUUUAAGAAUGGUUACACAUAUAUUGAAUUUUCGGCAGGUCACGCAGCUGAGUCAGUUUUUCACCUUUAAUUCUUCACGGAACGUCGAAAGCGGUGAACUCGAUAUCAACGGGAAUGGACUUUGGACCACACCAGCUAUUGGGGAAGCGAUCCAUAUGUCAGAAGGAGGUCGCGGCAGGCGGUUAGUACCGAAUGGAGAUGUGAUCCAUACUGAAGAAGGCGUGUCGAUGGCAAGACGACUUCUCAAGUUCUAUUCGAUCGACAUUAUAUGCUUAGCUUUGGGAAUUUUCUUAUUCUUCUUUGGAUUGUACCACUUGGUAUUGAUUUUUUACCACUAUUCGUACACAACAGAAUUUUAAGCAUGGAAAAAUAAACAAAUUAAGUUUUUUAAAUUUGAUAUAUUUGGUAUUAAAAUUGUGGUUCUCUUCAUGUCUUUUAUUUUAAAAAAAUCACAUUUGUUCACAAACGUCAAUAAAAAAUGAAUGAAUUCCAAGAUACCAAUGUAGAUUAGAUUUGGAUUUUAUUAUUCUAUCAUAAAUUUUUGUACAUGCUU